UGAGCGUUGACAAGGACUCUUGUAAUAAUAAUAUAAUAAUAUUCUCUCAUUCAGUUUCGAACUCCCAAACAAAUCGGUCCGACGUUUAUUUGUAAAGUUUAGUUGAUUAAUUUGUUAUUAUUUUUUUCUUCUAUCUCAACAUGGAUUUAAUAUCUGAUACGAAUGAAAAAUUGGUGAGUUAAACGUGUUUAGAAAUAGCAUGAACAGUAAUGAUAAAAAACGAAUUUUUCCUUUUGUUUUAAGCAUACCUAAUUGCAUUUUUUUUUUUUAUAAGAAUCGAUUAUUUUUAGUCCUGUUAAAUAAUUGUAUUUUUUUUAUCUUAUACUACUUUUUUUUACUGUAAUUAACGUUUCUUUUUAGAUUUUGAGGAGAGCGAGAAAUGUAUUGGUUUUAAAAUGAUGGAUAUCUUUUUUUCUGAGAACAAUUUUUCUACCAGAAAUUUUGCUCCGAUUUUUAAGUAUUGCAUUUUUUCUGAUAAAAAAUUUGAUGGAAAAAAACAGAAAAAACGAGAAAAUUGACGAAAUGUAUUAUUUUCAAAUAGUCAAUAGCUGAAAUAUUUUUUUAGCCUUUCAAAAAAUAUCUCUGGAUUUCGCUUAAAAUGGCUUUUUAUUAGCAAUGAUUAAUCAUUACGUACAAAUAUACAUUAAAUGUACCCUCUAUCUUCCCAAUUUUUUACCUACAAGGCUACAACAGUGACCCACUUAUGGUACACAGUAUGUCCUUUUGUUUUUUACCAUUUAUUUUACGUUGACAACAGGUUAGAAAUUAAUAAGGGAUUAUAGCAAAUGUUUGGCAUUCGGAUAAGUAAGUUGAUGCAUAAUUAUAUGAAAAUCUUACUAUAUAAACUGUUAUUGUAGAAGUUGUUUGAUAGAAAUUAAACGAGAUAAGAAGUUAAAAAUUAAUUAUUUUACUAAUUACUAUUAUGUCAAAUUAAAAAUGAAUAAUACCUAAAGUUCCGUAAAUUUUUUUUGUUUUUUUUUUUAAACUUAUUUUGCAAAUGAAAAUAAUUUAACCUAAUGAUUUUUUUUAAACGGAGCGAAAAAGCUUAUGGUUUUACAAAAAUGUUUAAUUUUUUAAUAUUUUUUUUUUAUCUGUUAACUACUUUUCUACCAGAAGACUUGAUCGGAUUUCUAAGCGUAGCACCUUUUCUGAAAGUAAUUCAGUGCGGGAAAGUACUUUAAAAAGGUCGUUUUUCCAUUUUCCCCGGAGUUUCUUAAUAAAUGAAAAAAAAACUGGAAAAACUGGGGAAAUCGGUAUAACGUUAAACAAAUAUUAUUAAAGAAAAUAUAUAGAGUAUAUUUAAAUAUUUUCCUAUAAUAUAGCAUAUAUAUUUUUGACAAAGCAUCACUAUCAACUGACUUCCGCUCAGAAUAGUUUUUUCAUAAGCAAUGGUUUAUAUUGUUGCAUAGAUUAAAUUAUUUUUAACAGUGCACCUGUCUCCAUUAUACUGUCAUAUCUUUUUAAAAAUACGGAUGAUCAAUGUUAAACAUAAGGGGAGGAAUUUUUCAAGGAAUAUCAAAUUAUAUACUUAUACUUAUACUCGAAAUUCCAUGCACAUUUUAAUGAUUGAAAAAUAAUUUAAAGAUUUGAAAUUUAGAUUUCUAUUAGACUCUUAGAAGAAAUCGAAAUUAACUUAUGUUGUUAUAGUUCCAAAUUAUCUCCAAAUUUUUGAUUCUGAAUGAAACAAAAAAUGUAUUGUCUUUAAUAUUAUGUGUUCUAUUUUGUGUGUCUGGAAAAAACUUGCCUUAGUCAAAAACAUUAUUAUAGAAUUUUCAGUUUAGUUGGUGAAUUGAAAUCAUUUUUAUUAAUUUGUCUUGUAGAUAUCUGAAUAAAUGGAAAAAACUGACAAUAUUAGUUAAUUUAUAAAUUACAUUGGAAACGAAAGAACACGAUAAUACGAUUAAUAUUACUCCUACUAAAUCCUAAAUCCUAAAUCCUACUAGAAUCCUACUAAAUUUACAUUUUCCUAUGGUAAAGGCUAUUUUGUUUGCCAAAAGAUGUAUGAGGUAAUUAAAAUUUAAAAAAAAAUAAUAAUUUUUUUUUAAAAACGCCGUUACAGCUAGUGACGUGUAGUGAAGUAUAAAAAUUCGAUAUUAGAAACGUCGAACAUUUAUAACAAUAUAUUUGAUUGUUUUAUCACCUGUUCUAAUUCUCACGAUCAUAUUGAACGACUUUUCAAUUUUUUUUUUACACCAUAUGAUAAUUUUUUUUUCCACGCGUAUCUUCGUCACUAUAAUUGAAUACAAACAAUAAUAUAAUUAAAAUGGAUUAAUUUCAACAGUAAUCCAUUUUACUGGCACUCUUCUAAUUUAGAAACGGUUCUAUAAUAACUAUGUAAAUUUCAUACACCACGCAGACAAUGUAAUCAAUAUACAAAUUCAAAACUCGAUAUUUCUGGUAUAUGUAUACAGGGUGUUCCACGCGAAGAUAUACUCAUUACUAUAGCUCCGGAAAUAAUAAAGAAAAUAUAAUUAUGUUUUUUUUUUUUUUUUAAAUUACUUAUGCUUACUUUAUACUAUUAAGAUAUUGACUGUGAUAUACUUGAUGGUGAAUUUUUAAUUCGAAACCAGUCGAAUAAUACACUUAUCAUAAUACUCUGGCAACGCAUUUAUUCAUUUUUUUGUUUUUUUUUUUUCCUAGUAUAUCAAUUUUGUAUUCAUAUAUUUAUUUACUAUACUUAUACAUAAACUAAAAUUGUACGUUUUAUUUAAAAACAAACUAAAAUAAUUACUUUUUAUUUUAUUAUUUUUAAACAAUUUGAAGAUUUUAUUUUUCAUUUUAUAGAGUUUAUUAAUAUUCUUUUAAAAAUGUCAAUUUUUUAUUUUCAUUAAAUUUAUGAUUUUUAAUAAGUUUUUAAAGUUUGGAGAAAAAAUUAUAUUGUCAAUUAGUCUUAAAAAUAAUAAGCAAUUAGUGAAUGCAAUUACAGCCUAUUGCAUAAUUAUUUGUACGGUUCUCUGCCAAAACAUACAAAUUUAAUUCAAAUAUAAAUAUUUGUAGUCCUUAUCCUUCCGGGUAAUACAAAAUAAAAGAAAAAAAAAAAUGUUAAUACAACUGUUAUCUCAGGAGAUAUUGUAAAUAGUGUAUCUUCGUCGAACAUCCUGUAUAUACGCGAACGAUUUGGUAAAUUUUACAAUUAUCAUGAAAUUUUAAACUUAAAACAUGGAUAAAACUGCUACAUCAUUACUUUCAAAAAUUUUAAAAACGCAUCAUGUGUAGUAAAAUUAGUUGAUUCCUCUCUACGCUCAGAAUCUAAAAUUAUGACGUGCAGUUUUUUUGAUAGAAUAAUUUGAUAUUAAUAUAUCAUAUAAAUAUUAUUUAACUUUAUGAAUUUAUAAUUGCUAAAAACAAAGCUCAUUAUAAAAAUGUCCGUCUCGGUGUUCGUAAUAUUUUGAAAAUCACUUCUUUUAAUUAUUAUUAUUUUCGGUAGACCGCAUAUUUUAAACAAUUAUAAUCAUAUAGGUUGUGUGUGUGUGUGUGUAUGUGUAUGCAUAUAACAACUUUGAAACUCCUUGACCUUAUGUGAUUGUAUACAAAAGUACUAUAAGAUCUGAGGUAGGACCUUUUUAUUUACAAUAAGGUAUGAGACAAUGCGUAUGACUACCGUUCGGAUUGACAACGUCGUAUUUUUUUAGUCAAAUGAUUGUAUUUUGGCUUAAACACUGUGACAAUAAUGCAAUCCUUCUAUCAGUUUAAUACAAUUUUUUAGGAAUGUAUUGGUUUUAAAAUCAUAUUUAUUAUUAUUUUUUUUUUUUAUUUUUUAUAUGAACAACUUUGUACAAGAAAUUUCGCUCCGAAUUUUAAGUUUAUGGAAGUAAGUUUGACUGGGAUGGUACUUUAAAGAGGUUAUUUUUUGAGUUUCAAUGUGGUAUUCAAAAUAAUUGGGAAAAACCGAAAAAAACGUAGAACGGGGAAAUUUACGAAAAUAAUUAUAUUAUUAUUUCGAAUUUUUUUUUUUUGUUGUUGUUAUUUAGUUUAAAAUAAUUUUAGAGACUUGAAAUUAAGACAGAAACUUUAAAUUUGUCUUUUUUAGACUUGGUAAAAUUUUCAAAUUAUUUUUGAACUUUUUAUAAACAUUUUAAUUUUGCGAGUUUUUAACGUAUUUUUUAUUCAGUAGGUAUUCUGUAGAUACAAUUUAUUGUUAAACCAAACAGAAAGGCUUGAACAUUUGACAGGAGGUUCAAUACAAGUCGUACUUAGUAGACAACAAGAAAAAAAUUGAGUUUGUAGUAUAUUUCUUUUUAAAAAUUUAAAUUUUAAUCGUGAAUAUUAUGGCUUUUUAAAACAUGUUUAAUCGAACUCCACUCAAAAUCGUUUUUCGUCAUUCAUCGCAGUGUACAGUUAUAAAUUAAAUUCCUAACUAUAUAUGUAUUCUAACUUCUCAAUUUCUCAUUUACAACAAUUGCCCAACCAUCGUACGAAACAUGUCCAUCUUUUUUUUUUAUUUAUAUUUAUUUUAAGCUAAUGUAUUAAGAGAACGUUGUACUCACACGUGCAGUCUCCUAACGACGUCCUCUUGACGACAAAUAAUAUUUUUAUAUAUGUAUAUAUAUAUUAAAAUAAUAACCUAUAAUAACAAAAGAGAUCAGUGGCGUAUAAUAUACGCUACACAAAAAUCCUACAUUGUAGGAUUUUUUUUAAAAAAUGAGUCAUAAAAUAAUUAUUUUGAAGCUCAAUUUUUCCUUAAAAAAAGUCCAUUAUAUAACAGUAAGCUAUACAAUGUUAGCGGGUCUUACCCGCUUCACGGAAAUGGUCCUAUUUUUAUUUAACUAUUAGUAUUGUGUAGUAACGCUCACAGGAGAACAAAAUGGAUAAACAUCAGUAUAUAUGAAACUGUUGAAUGAGGCGAUUAAUAAUUAAUUUAUAACAGAUUGCAGAACUCUAGAUCUAUACUAGUUAUAGUCUUUUUAGAAAAAAAAAAACAUGAUAGGGGAUUUAUCCCCCAUAACCCUACCUUGUAAAUACGCCACUGCAUAUUGCUAUAAUAAUAUCCAACAAUUGAAUUUUCGUUGCCGAUUGUCCAUGUCAUGGGGUGCGAUAAAUAACAUUGUAUUUUUACCCACGAAUUCCCCGUAUUAUUAUUAUUAAAUUAAACAGUUUUCUUUAAAUUAGAUCAGUACCAAAUAUGUGCUCAGUCUUCCGAUAAGAAUAUUAAAAUAUAGUAACGUUGCAAAUAAAAAAUAAAAUAAUAAUAAUCACAUGCAUUCUUAAUCGUAAUUGUAUUUUUCCGAUUCGUAUUAAUAUUAUUUUCCGAUCUGAAUCAAUCACAAUAGACGUAGAACGGUUAUACGCACACCAAAAUCGAAAAAAGAAAACAUUUUUAAUGUAUUCGUAUUGUUAAAAGUACCGUUUAUCAAUGUUCCGGUAGAUUGUGAAUUUCAGAAAGAAACCCGCAGCAGCACUAUAGAAGCGUUAAUUUUACUUUAUGUCGUCUACACAAUAUCCAUUAAUCUGCAGCAUAUACACAAACGUACAUAAUAUUAUUGUUCUGAUUAUAUGAAUAGAAGAUUUGCUCGUAAAUUGGUAUACCAACCUACCGCAAUAAUAACUCGCGGUUCCAAAGAAUAUCUAAUUUGGUGGCUUCGACGCUUUAAUUCGCGCGGUCUUACACCGGGCUGUAUGUAGCAAAAACAUCUCGGGAUGUUGCAACGGAAUUGCGUAAUUUUAUUAUACUUCCUUGUUUGUUUAACGGUAUAAUUAUUAUUAUUGUUAAAGUAUAGGCAACGAAUUCGUAAUUCAUUGCAUUUCAGUGUACGUUUUCGCUUUUUAGUAUGUACACAGUACAUACAUAUUGCGUAAAUUCGUUUACAUAAUACACUUAUAAACGCGGUGCUUCAUAAUCAAUUAAAAAAGCCAAUGUUAUUAUACAAUUAUUAGUUCCGAGUGUAUAACGGCGAACAAACUAUUAAUUUUUCAUGGUUAAAUUUUUUUUUUUAUUUUUUCGAACACUUUUGGUCAGUAAAAAAAUGCUCCUCCGACUUAUAGAUUCCGUGUUAAGCCAUAAGUGUGUUAAUUUUACUAUGAAAUAAUUUUGUGUGUUUGUAUUGUAUAAACAACUUUUUAACCCAAAAUUUUCAUUCAAAAACUUUAUAGGAACUUUCAUGUAAUAUUUUUGGUCUAGAUAAUGCAUUAUUUUUUGAUUUUCUUAGUAGUUUUCCUAAUAGAAUGGAAAAGCUAGCAAUUUAGUGGAAAAUUCUUAUUGAUUUAUGGGUUACCUUGGCAACAACGGAAAAAUACGAUUAGUAAAAAAAGACUAACAUACUUCGCACGUGGGUAUAGCCACUAUUGGGAAGGUAGGAUACAGAAAGAAAUUUAUUGUAUGUCUGUAAGCAACGAUAAACCAUUGCUAUAGAAAAAAAAACGAUUCUGAGCCAAGUUCAGUUGAUAAUGUUGCUUUGUCAAAAAUAUAUAAUAUGUCAUAUUACUGUAAAAUGAUUACAACAAUCUGAGUUUUCAUGGUAACAAAGAUUGAAUAAAAACUAUUUUAAAAUAAUAAAGCUUAAUAAUAACAAAAAUAAAUAAAAACGAUUACCAAUGACAACUUUAUUUUUAAUCGUUCAAUCUUUUUCAACCUAAAGAUCGAAGUUUUCCUCAUUAUUUCGAAUAUUAACAAGAAUUUCAAAAAAUGACCUUUUCAAUGUACCAGAAAAAAUUUCCUUUCAGGAAAGGUGUAUAUUUGAUAAUCGGAGUAAGCAUUCUGGUAGAAAGAGUUCACCAAAAAAAAAAAAUAAACAUCAUUGUAAAACUUAUACAUUUUUCUCUCCGCUCAGAAUCGUUUUUUAUUAGAAGUGGUUUAUCGUAGCAUACAGAUCUCUAUAUCUAAUGUACUCGUAUAGCAAUUGCAUUAGCAUUCAGACAAAAAAAACUUCUCUAUAAUUUAAUUCAUAGACGUGACAAAUUUAAAUAUUGUAGGUAUAUAAUUAUAUUAAAAUCAUAAUAAUCAUUUUUUGAAAGUCAUUCAUGUAACAAUGUUAAAAUAAUUAUAUUAUGAUUCCGUCGAAUUAAUUAAUACUAAAUUUUACGUUUUUGAAUUUAUUUUCGUGGCCACCAUUGGUCGUCGUUAAUCUAUAUAUAAUAAUUUUUAUUAUAACUUUUCCUUGGUAUAAUAUUAUGAGAUAUUAAACUGUUCUGAAAUAAUUAGUAAAUAAACACAAAUGUUCAAUCAGUAAAAUUGGUACAAUAUUAAUAUUUCGAUAAUGUCGAUUAAGUGAAUUUAGGAUGUACUUGAAAUAUAAACUACAUAAUUGCCUUUUAAAUCCGGAGUGUAGCGAAGAUCUAUUCGUUUUACUAUAGUGUGUGCUUUUUUUCUGUCUGUGUGUUGUAAACAACUUUUCGAAAAAAAAUCUUUUUUAAUUUUUUUAAUUUAAUUGCAACAUUACAAAUGUUAUUUUUUAAUUUUCUAAGUGGUUUUUAAAAUAAUAGCGGAAAACCCAAAAGAAAAUUAUUGGUAAAAUGGUAAAUAUUUAAGGCACACUGCCGCGGAGUUACCGAUUUAAUUGUUUAAAUUUUUACGCACGAUGUUCUCUACCAGAAAUAUUGCUCCAAUAGAAAACCAACAACAAAUUUUUUAUUAUCUUAUUAGUGUGUAAGAAAGUCUUUUUUUUUUUAUUUAUUUAUUUUUUUUUUUUUUUGAGCUAUUUUUAGACAUUUUAAUUUUUUCGAGUUUUUACAUAAUUUUUAUUUGGUAAAUAUUCUAUGAAUAAAAUUACAAUUGCAAGAAAUGCUUGAACAUUUCAUAGAACGUUCAUUAUAAGUCACACUUGGAAGUCGAAAAUAAAGUUGAGUGUAAUGUAAUUUUUUUCUUUUCUAUACGAGUUUUAGUAUCAAAUUUGACGAAAAUCGUAAAUAUAUGGCCUUUCAAAAGAAAAUAUUUCACUUUCAGAAAAGAUGGUAUACUUGAUAUUUAGAUUAAGCUUUCUGGUUGUCUUCAAAUAAAAAAAAAUAAUAAUAAAUGCUAUUGUAAAUUAAUACGUUCCUUUCUCCACUUAAAAUCUAAAAUGCUACAUGACAGUUCUUAUAAACUGUUUAAUUGAAACAAUUUUUCAUAUAGAAAAGUUGUUUACGGACACAAAAAAAAACCCACCAUAGUAAAACAUUCCUUACUUCACCUAGAAUUUAAUAUAUAUUAUGUUGAUUUUCCAGUUAUAAAUUGUAUUAUUGAUAAUAAAAGCACGGUCGGAUCUUUAGUCGUUGCAGUAAAUAAAAGUAAUAACUGGCGUCUACAGCAAUAUAAUAAAGUGCACAAUGAAAAAUAAUAUGAAAUAAAAUAUCAACGAACAGGUCUCUAUUUUAUUAUACAGUAUGUUGCACUCAAAUGCGAGGUUAAAAAUACGAGAUAUUUCAAUUGGACGCAGGGACUUGAAUUGAAAUAGAUUUUUUUAUUUUAGAAUGGUUAGAUGUAUCGAAAAUUUCACAUUGUGAGACUAUAUUCAAAAAUUUAAUCCUUGUGUCACGCACGUGCGCAAUAAAAAAAACACACGUGAGAGGGUCAUUUUUAUAAGGGAAAAGUUGGGAAGAUAAGGGAGGGAGAAUUGAAUGUGUACCUGUAAGCAACGAUAAAUCAUUGCUAACGGAAAAACGAUUCUGAGCGGAAUUCAGUUAUUGUGUUACUUUGUCAACAAUAUAUUUAUCGUAUUAUGGUAAAACAAAUUACAUAGGCAUUGUAUAUUUUUUUUAAUAAUAUCUGUUUAAUAUUUUACCUAUUUUCCGUUUUUUCCUACGUUUUUCUCGGUUUUCCCAUGUUUUUACCUAGUUUUUCCAAUUUAUCAGCUAACUCCUGGAAUCAAAAAUUUACCUGCUUAUAAUAUCUUCCCAGUACGAUUUCCUUUCAGAAAAGAUGCUACACUUAAAAGUCUAAGCAAGAAUUCUAGGAAAAAAAGUUGUCUACAAAAAAAAAAUAUACAUAUAAACAUCAUUGUAAAUCCAUAAGCUUCUUUGCUCCACUCAUAAUUCAAAAUCAGUUUUCAAUGAACUUUACAAUUUUAUUCUGUCUAGAAAACUAUCUAAUAUACAGUAAUUUACAGGUAUUAUUUUAAAUACGAUUUUUCAAAAAAAUUAAAAUGCAUACAACUUUCAAUGUUAAAUAAUUUUACUACUUGUUAUGUAGGAAAAAGUAUAAGUAAAGAUAAUGACAUAAUUACACAUACCUAAUAUCAUUAAACAUUUUUAAUUAUUUAAAAACCAUGGUUUCAAUAUAAUACAUUUCGGAUGGCUGCGUCACUAGAAGUUUUUGAGAUUUAAUAAAAAGAUUUAUCAAUCAAAAUUUUUGAAGAAAAAUGUAAGUUUUAUCGUAUUGUUUUCAAAAUGCAUAUUUUGGAACCACUGUUCUUGCUAAAAAACACAAACCUAUCUUUAAAUAUAUAAUACAGUAUUAUAGUUCUAUGUUAUACAACAACUUAUGUGCCUAUUAUUUAUAUUUAUAUUUUACCCGAUAUCGUUUUGUUUUUUUUUUCAGAAAUAUCCUAAGUGCGUGUGGUUCAUAGUGCUCAACGAGCUAUGUGAACGAUUUAGCUAUUACGGAUUAAGAAGUAAUAAUAUAUCAACUAUUGAUUAGUGAUUAACACGUGUUAAUCUAAACCGAUGACAUAUAAAGAGUGAUCAAUAUAACGAAGACACUCAUUAUCAUUGAAAGCAUUCAAUUUGUUUAGAAUUAAAAUUUUUAGAAUAUUGUGGAAACAAGCAACUCUUUUCUAUUAAAUUUCUAUUAAGAAUAUAACUAAGUAUUGCAUUUUUAAUAGUACUUUUUUUUUUUAGUAGAGAUACCACUAACCAUUUUUAAUUUUUAAAAAAUUAACAAUUUCAAAAAUAUAUUCAGUUUUAAUUUAAACAAAUUUAGGUUUUAACAUUUAAAACUCCGUCAACCAGUUGACGAGAUAUCUAUUCUACUUUUAAGCUUAAUGUUUUGUAAGUAGGGAACAAGUAGUUUGAAGUGCAAUAUUUGAAUAGUGAACCACUUAUGCUUCCUCAAACCACAAAACGAAAAACUUAAUUUUGGAAUAUCUCAUCGACAAAUUGAUGGAAAUUAAAAAUUUCAACACCAAAAUGUAUUUAAAUUAAAAUUUCAUCUAGGUAUUUCUAAAAUAAAUUUCUUAUAUAGGUUGCUAUUUGAAAAUCAAAAGUAAUCAGUGGUUUCAAUUCUAAAAUAUGUUAAUACUUUCCGAGAUAAUGAGUGUCUUACGUUAUAUUGAUUAUCCAGUAUAAUAAAAUAAUACGCCGCGAUGAUGAAAUGAUAUUUUCAGCGGUAUUAGUGCUGUACCUGACGACCAUAUUGAAGUUCAAUGGCGACGAGUCUACAAUAAUAUUCCACAGUUUUGUGUUCAUGGCUUACUUUAUGCCUUUGAUCGGUGCGACAAUGGCUGACUCGUAUUUAGGAAAAUUCCAGUACAGUACAAAAAGUUGUUUUCCGAUGGUAUUUUUCAGCCUUAAUGCGCGAUAAUAUUAUUUUUUUGUGUUUAGGACGAUAAUAUGGUUUUCAAUUGUGUACGCGUUAGGAAACGUAGUGCUCACCGGCGCUUCCUCUGCGACAGACAUUUUCAGCAUUAACGUCCAAAAGUAAAUAAUUUAACUAUAAUAUGAUAGUUUAAAAUAAAAAACGAUUAAUAACGUGUAUAUUAUAUAUACACGUAAUACAUCACAUGCGUUAAUUUCUACCGAUCCGCGAAUCGCGUGAUUUAAUGGGAAAACGUUGGAACGCUUGUAAAAUUAUCAUCGAAAUUAUAUCUACGUAUAUGCUUAUUAUGCUGUAGCAUACUUGAAUGAAGAAUUUUCAAGAUCACGGUUUUCAAAAAUGCAAAUGGGUUUCACAUAUAUUCCUAUACAUCAGAACACGAUGGGUUUGAUCUCCUUGAUUCUCCCUGUAAAUAGCCUACUGAAUAAACCCGGUUUUCAUACAGCUAGUUUGCAGCAUAAGUGGCGACUAUCCUCAAAAAAUAUAUGUUACUGAGGAUAUGUUUGACUUUCUGAGGGCCCACCCAUCACUUGCCGUCAUACUAAUAUAUUAUGUAGUAUUUAAGUUAUAGAUUCCUACCUAAGUAUAUAUAUUUGUACUUCGUUCCACUAGAGAACACAGCUGGGCGCCAACCAAAACUCUGCGCAUUCCCACCACUAAAGCAGUCCGAAUACGAAUACUGGUAGACGAGUGGCGGGAAAAUUAAUUCAAUAGCACAUGCAAGCUAAUUGCAUUCUCUCGUGGGACGGAGUAUAGUAAAAACAAUAAAAAAAAACUGACCAUCAUUAUAUUCUUAUAAAUCUAAUUAGGUUCACGUAAUACCAAAUAAUGUUACCAACCCACCCGAAAAAUUAUGUAUUUGAUGCUGAGCAACAAAUCAUAGACAAUAUUAUUAUAGGAUAGCUGCCACAGACUAGUUUUCUAACACACCUUGCCACACGUUACGUUUGUAAUUUAAAAAAUGUUUCUCGAUGUGUUUCCGCAACAUUACAGAGUCAUCGCUAUACUUGGGUUGUUUCUCAUAUCCGUCGGUACGGGCGGGAUAAAACCGUGCGUUUUCCCGUUCGGCGGCGACCAGUUUCGGUUGCCCGAGCAAACCGAUCAAUUGCUGCACUACACCACCAAGUUCACGAUCGCCAUUAACCUGGGUUCGUUGGUAUCCACGUUUCUGACGCCCGAGCUACGACACAGCGUACAUUGUUUUGGCAGGGACACGUGUUUUCCACUGGCGUUUGGCGUGCCGGCCAUCCUGAUGUUCAUAGCUAUAGGUAAAACAAUAACAAAACAAUAUAUUAGGCGAAGCAUUUAAAACACGCUAUUACUAAAUAUAAUAAAGAAUAAAUGUAGUUGACAGUCCCUCCAUCACUCGAAGUUUGGUUUUCGGGCUUUACCCGUUUGCGUACAUUUGCCCUUUUUGCGACUUGUUUGAGUACAACACUAACUUUUAGUAUCUGCACUAAAAUGGCACAAACAUAGAGCUCGUUUGAGUACAUGAAUUAGAUAUAACCAAACUCUACUCAACCAAACUGUCCACUGUAAAUUUUUAUAUACAUUUUUUAAUGGUACAUCUAAACCAUGGGUUCUUACCCUUAUUUUUUUAAAUAUAGUGGUCUAAUUUGGAAAUUUUAUUUUAAUAAUAGUACGUAAGUAAUUUUUCAUUUUUCGGGUUUUUAUUACUUUCGUUGUACGCAAACGAAUAUCACUCGGUUUUUCCUAUCGUUUAUAUUCGCGUUUUAUGAGUAACUUUAACAAAAUGUGCAUAAUUGAUCAACUAAAGAAAGAGAGGAGAGAGAGAGAGAGAGAGGGAGAGAGAAACCUAGAAUUUUGUCUUGUUUCUCUCUCUCUCUCUCUUCUACCUUAACAACUCUUCAAGCGAGCAUUCGGAACAUUAAAAAUAUAAUCGUGAAUCGUGAUCAUGAAUAAUUUAGCAAACAGAAUCACUAAAACUGAACGUAUAUAAGUAUUAAGCACCAUAAUAGCGGUCACGGAGAUCGAUGUAAUUUUUAAUUUAUGUGUAGUAAAAUGGUUUUAUUAUAACUAAUAAUAAAAGAAAAAUAAGUUUUCGAGGAAGAUUUAAGUCCUAAAUAAUUAUUUUUUUAUAGUUUUGUGGGCAUGCAUAAAAAAUAGAAUAAUAAACAAACAAUAUGUGGCCUAAUAUAUAGUUUAUAUCCUUUCUCUGAAAACAUCUGAGUUUACGUGCAGUGCUUUUACGCUAAUUAGUAUUAAUAACAGUAGGUAUACUAAAAUAUUGUUGAAAGUUAAGCGACCUUCUCUUUAUACGGGCGCCUCAACUUUAAUUAUAUUUGUAUUAUUAUAAUAAUGUAUAUAACGGAUAUUAUUAUAUUAAAGUGUCAGAUAAUUCGAUUUUAUUGAGUUUGUCAGCUUACCAUAUUAUUAUAAUUGACAAUGUAAAAUCAACCAGGCUUGUAGUUGACAGUUUCAUAACUCGUUUUAAACUUAAAAAAGAGCGUUCUGUCCUGUAUAUGAACGACACUUUGCGGUUGUUAUUGAUGAAAUAUCCUUUGUCGGUAUUUCGAAAUUUUAAAUUUGAUAAUAAUAAUAAUGUAAUGUACUUAUUUUGAAAAACAUUUAUAACAAACCUAAAGUUGAUUGUACUAAAUAAACCAUUUUUUAAAACGACACGGCUCUUAACAUUGUUUUGCAUAGCGUUUUUCGUUGCCGGAAAGAACACGUACUUGAAGAAGAAACCGGAACAUAACGCCAUCUCCAGGACAUUCAGUUGUAUAUUCGUAAGUAGAUUUUAUUGUUACCCAUUCAAAGUAUGAGAUGUUGAAACUUUUCCCGAAAAUACGAAAUCGAGAAAAAAAAAUUAGAUUAUACCAAAUUAAAUAGACACCUAAAAUAACUAUUGGUUCGAACCUAAUACUCUUCUAGUAGGAAGUAUUUGUCCAAAGUGUAAACCUAAAACCGGUUUGAUGAAAAACUGAAACGGAUUUAGGAUAAAGCAGAGAGUUGAAUAUAAAAUCGAUAUCGAGCUGGUCACAGGAUGAACAAGUUUUUGUUAUCUCCGGGAAAAGUGCAAUUCGGAUCUCUCAAAAUAUAUAACCUAUAUAAUUUUAUGAUCAAAUUGUGUCAUAGUAAUUCUGUCAUUCUACUCAUUCCGCCUUAGCUGUAUAUUAGUUUUCUUUAAUAUUUGUUUGUUUGAAGUACGCACUCCGUAAGAAGUUGACCUCGUCAGUCCCAUACCAGACCCAUUGGCUUGACAAUGCUAAGGGUGUGUACACCGAUACCGAGAUUUCAGAAACUAGAAUGGCUCUCAAUUUGAUCAUCACCUUUGCAGCGUACCCAGUGUUUUGGGCUCUGUACGAGCAACAGGUGAGUGAAAUCAGUUAGUCAUAUCAGUGUUUACGCAUCAAAUAUGUAUAUAUAUAUAUUGUUUAAAAAUAAACACUGUUGUUGUAAAUCGUAUUUAUCUAUAUAUGUUUCUGGCAGGGUUCCCGGUGGACAUUGCAAGGGACACUGAUGAACGGCCGGGUGGACUAUCUGGACUGGACCAUCAAGCCCGACCAAAUGCAGACACUUGUACCGUUUUUCGGCAUGAUAUUCCUGGUUCUCUUCGACGUGGCCCUGUACCCGAUGCUCGCCAUGGUCGGCAUUAGGAAGCCAUUGCAAAAGCUCACACUCAGCGGUUUUCUUGCUGUCGUGGCGUUCGUGUUCGCAGCCCUGCUGCAGCUCAAAAUAUUUGUAACAACUAUAUUAUUAUAUAUGCAUAGUUCGUCGAGUGACGUACUAUAUAUCAAUUCAAUUGGAAAUUAUUUUUUUUUAAUUUCCCGUCAAUCUAUUCUAUCCAUAUAUAGGGAAACACCAUCGAAAUACCACCAGGUGAAGGACGUCUGAACAUCUAUAACGCAUUUGAUUGUAACGCAUUCGUACGUUCGCCUUCGUUGGAAGUACACCAGAUUGGACCGCUCGACAAAAUCAACGUUAGCUACACACCCGUAUCGCGAGAAACCACGGUUAGAAUCGAGAUACGAUUCGACCCGGCAUGUCCUUUUGUGCCCGAAAAUUUUCAACUUAACACCACCUUCACUGUCACCGAAGCACAGGUAAAAAACGUCAUGAAUGUAUUCCAAAAAGCCAGAGCAAACAUAACCCGUAAAAUACAUUUUUAUUUUUACCGAAAAGAAAAAAUUAGAUACUAAAUGUGUGGAUCAAAACCGAAACCUUUAAUAUAACGUUAUUAUUAUAUGCGUAUCAAAAUUCAAAAUAUUGUAUUUUAAAUUGUUUUACUAUUCUACUUAGGUACCCAAAUACACUAAAAGUUUGAGUAUGUACUAAAUUUUCGACUCUUUUAUACCUACCUAUGAUUUGGCCAAUAUUUAUUAGGUUAAUUUAUAAAGGUUGAAGUGUUAGGUGAAUCAGGGUAUUUUCGAGAUAAAUUAUGACAUUUGAAAAGCAAUUCCAAGUAUAGAGAAUCAUGAUUUACGUCAAAAUGAUAAACUGUAAAAAGUAUUAAAGAAAAAAACCAUAAAUAAUGUAAAACUAUACACUAUUAUAGAUCUGCUAAGAAUCUAAAAAAUCUAAUCAUAUUAAAUAGACAUAAAAUAUAUGUUACACGUUAGUAUAAAAAAAUAUGUACCUAUAUCAUUUUUCUUAAUGCCUAGCGUUGUGUUAUUUUAUUUACACUGACGUGUGAUAUAAUAAAAAAUAGAUUAAAUCCAAAAAUGAGCGCGGCAAAUCUUAUUAUAAUCAAACUCCAUUUAAAUGUCAUCAGAACCGCGCGCUAUGUCGUGAUAAAUGACGAAAACAACCACCUGGGAUUUUUAAUAAUAUCGCAUCCUCCCUGAUGCGUAACUCGUCCGCCACCACGGCAUAACAUUAUUAUAUAAUGUCUAGUAAAAUAAUAUAAUAAAUAAUAUUUAUACGUUUUAGCUGCAAAAUGUCGACAUCCCCGUAUCCAGCACCACGAUCGCGGCAUGACAGUGUAUAAUGUCUUAAUCAACAAUUUUAAUAUUUUUAUAUAUACCUAUGUAAAAUGGCCCCUAUUCUUUAGCCACGCAUAAUUAUAAAUGAAGUGAAUCAAUUAACUUCUUGUUUUUACCAAAACACUACAAAUUUUACUGCGAGAUCUGUUUUAUUUUUAAGUUUCACGCAAAUUAGUUCAAUUUAUUAGAAGUUAUAAAGCAAAAUAAUAUUAAGAGCGUUUACUAAAAAAAAUUAUAAUGAUAUAUUUAGUUUCCGUGGUACACUCGUACCUGCAAGAGUUGAAAAUGUCUGGUGGUUAUUUCUCUAUGAAAGAGUAUCGGUAACCAUCGGAAUUUCGUUAAGGCACUCUCAUUGUCUCGCUCCUUUGCCAUGACUCAACUUUAUUUACUUGCUGCAAUACCUUGAUAUUUAAAUUGUAAAAAAAUAGCCCUGUUUGAUUAACAUCAAAUGACUUGAAUGUAAAAAGAUACGUUGGCCCAACGGUGGCAAAAAUAUUUACAUACAUAGUCAUAAAGGAAAAACCACGCAUUAAUUAUUUACUUGUGUCUGAUAUUUAUAAUACAAGUAACUAUCAAUUUCAUUACAAAUUGUACGGAAUUUAGAUCAAUUAAUAAAUUAAUUAAGAGUAAUUUAAAAAAAACACUAUAAAAUAUUGCUAUUUCUCAAUCAUUAAAAAAAACUAGAAUAAAAAUUAAUAAAUGAUUUUAUUGUUAAACAAUAAGAAAAUGCAACAAUAAGGUCCCUUGACGUUUUUCUAUUGGAGCAAACGGACAUACUUCACUCGAUGGGUGGGCCACUGUUGUAGAUGAGAAAUUGAGUAGGUAGAGAGGAAAUUUAAUGUAUAUCUGUACACAGAAUAUAAUCAUUGCUAACGAAAAACGAUUUUGAGAUGAGUUCGGUUUUACAUGUUUUGAAAGGCAUAAUAUUUACAAUUUGAAAAUAAUACAUUUCGUACAUUUUCCCAUUUUUCCUAAGUUUUUUCCCGAUUUUCACCAUUUAUUAGAAAAACAUUAUUGUAAAAGUAAUAUUCCUAGCUCUGCUCAUUCUAAAAUUUAAAUUAAUAGUGUCAUGCGUUGUAAAUUUAUCAGUUUUUAUUCUACGUCUUCUUGCAAUUCUUCCCAAUUAUCAUGAAAACUGCUUUAAAAAUUAAAAAUAAUGUAUUUCUUUAGAUACUAGAUCUAAAAUGUAACAAAAAAGGUAUCCUGAUAUUUUCCAAUUGGAGUAAGUUUUCUUUUAAAAAAGUUGCUUACAGAUACAAAAAAGAAAUUUAACAAAACCAAUCACACAUUAUAAAACUAGUGGAUACCUCGCUACGCUCCGAAUUUAAAAAAACAUACUGGACCUCCUCAACUACCAAUUAUUAGGUAUCUCGCGUUCAGUACUAUAAAGCUUUGAUCGAUUCAAAUUCAAAUUUUUGAAGCCAUCAAGCAAAUUCAAAUUUUCGAUUUACUUGAUGGGUGCAGAAUGCAGAAUACAUAACAAAACAAAACAUACAGUUGUUAUAACAAUAUUCAAUAAUUUUAAUAUGCAAAAAAAUAUAAAGUAUUUUAAAUAUUGAUAAAUUUAUUUAAACAAAAUUAUACAUAAUUUUAUUAAUAAUAGCAUAAUACUAAGUAAACUGUAAAAGUGUAAACAGUACAAUCACCAAGUAAAUUGAUAAUUUUACUUACACCUCGAAUGAUAUCAAAACGUGUAUGAUGGUGAAUAACUUACGAUAUACGUAAUAACUCGUACAUAAUGUUCUUUAUUUUUUUUUUUUAAUUUUGCUGGUUUUUAUACGUAGUUUUGUAAAUCGUUAUUUUUAUGUUAUUAUGAUAUCAGUGACUAUUAUUAAAAAUAUACUUGGUUAUUAUGCUUGUUAAAAUUAAUUUAUAGGAGGUGUCGUAUUAUUUGACCCGUCCGAAUCCCAACGUGAUCGCGCUAAACCGUGUCGGCAUCUACGACAGAUUAAUCAAGGACAAAUUCGGUAACCCAUACCUAAGGUAAGUAUUAACAUCAUCGCAACGUUUAUCCAUAAUGUUACAUAAUACUAUUUGUGCAACUUUUUAUUAACUUUUUCUUUUCUUUUUUUCUUUUUUCAGAUUCCUUCUCGACUACAAUUUUGAUUUUGACGACGAUAUAACGUUAAGAAACGUAGACUCGUCGGAUAUAUACCAACUUUCUGCGUUCCGUGGGUCAAAUUUUAGUACGGUGACUAAGGGGAAGUGAGUGAAUUUAUAUUAAAACCGUCACAAAUAAGAAAUGUAUAAGUAUGGCAAAAUGAAUAGGUACUAUGAUCGCAGUUUUUUGAUACGCACACCCUGUUCAAAUAUUUCUACGCUUAACGUAUUACCUUAGGUCUCCGUUUCUUAUUGGCUUGCAUAUUAUUACAUAUUGGCGAGCAUUGCCGAUAGUAGUGGAGAACUACGACAUAAGUCCAGUAUGAAGGGAAUCCACAUACUGAAAGAAAACGUGACACACUGUGAUCAUAUUACCUACAGGUAUUUUGUCAUAAAUAUAUGAACUAAAUAGACGGCACUUAGGGCAAAAUUCGCUCAGAGAACAUCUGAUAAGCAAGAACCGGUAUUUUGGGAAAAAUAUAAAUAUUUCUUGUUUUUUUUUUUUUUCUUUGAAAAGAAUUAAAUUCUGAUAAGUAAUACGAUAGAAUUCGUGGUGAUAAUUCAAUGAAAAUCAUCGAAAAAUCAUAAACAAUUUUUCCGGUUUUCUUCUACAAUACCUAUCUAUUUUUGCUAAAUACAUUUUGGUUGGUUGUUUUAAUCAACAGUUCAUGUUUAUUUAUUAUGUCUAUGAUAAGUAUAACUAUGUCAGUAAUCAUCGCACGUCGUCGCAAUACGCAUCCUUUAACCGAAUCGCGUACGGUAUCGCUUACAUAACAUUACGGUUUAAAUGCAACGGCGCAGAAUAAUAUGAUAUUAGACUGUCCGGCUUAUUUUGUGGAUGUAUACGACGUGAAAAAACACUUUCAUCCGCCCGCUUAAUAUUAAAUUUAAAUAGACAAAAUCAGCCACGUUCCGCCGAGACACGGAACACAGGAAUCGGCUGUGAAUUCAGAUAUUGCUAACAUGAGUACCCAUCUUAGCCACCGUGUUUAAGCAAAAAAUAAUAGCAAUAAUUAUAUUGUUAUAGAUAUAAAUUAGUUCACAACGGUGAGAUGUUGCCGAUGACUAUCGACCUGAUACCAGCUACGAUCUAUACGCUUACCGUACAACGGAACAAGAAUAAAAUGGUAAAACAAAAAAAAAAAAAAGAACAAAUUAUAGGUACUCGCUGUUUGGGCGUGUACCUAAUUAUUAUAUUUCUAUUCGACUACAAGCGAAUUUUAUGUGUAAAAAGGAAUUUAUAUAGGAUGUGAAAUUGUUCGCCAUGUACGAAGGCAACUACGUGCACAUACUAUGGCAGGUACCGCAAUAUAUCUGUAUGAUCAUGGCCGACGUCAUUUUCGUUGUAACCUGUUUGGAAAUUUCAUUCAUUGAGGUAAAUUAUACACAGUAUAUCGUUUAUUUACGAUAUUUUAUUGUAUUUAUGAUUUAACAUAGUAUUAUAGAGAUGGACAUAAUCAACAUUUUUUAAUUUAAUAGAGUUUUGAAAUAUUUGCCGAAAGGGUAGUGUACGGUUUUCAAAAAAUGUAUAAGAAAUUGAUUUGUUGCAACUACGGUAGCCUGCACCAAUACCAACAUAAAAAUAAAAUUCAUCACUUUCAAAUCCGAUCAUUUUUGUUGAUGUCUUAAAUAAAAAUCUAAAACCUAAAACGUUUAGUCGUUUAUAACCUCAUAGGCAUAUUAAUAUAUAAAUUGAGCAUCCGCCUUUCCCUUCCCUAGGUCGCCUAAUACCUACAUUAUUAAAAGAUAGAGCCAAUAUCUGGGUAUACGAUAAGACGUAAACUGUAUGCUGUUUUUUUUUUUUUUUCAUAAUUUUGUUAAACUUCUCUUUCUCUUCCAUUAUAUAGGUAUAGAUUAUAUUUAAGUUAUAUACUAUAUUUCUUUUUGGCAAUGUUUAUUCACUGACACUCUCUCUCUCUCUCUCUCAUUCUCUUUCUACUAUGGUAGUACAUUUUAUAUUUCGAGCGUAGCGAGGGAGCUAUUGGUUUUACUAAGAUGUUUAUUUUUUUUUCUUUCUUUUUUCUUUCUUUCGUCUAUUCUGUAGACAUGUCUUUUACUAGUAUACUUGCCCGAUUUUCACGUGUAGCAACUUUUCUGAAAUAUAAAUGUGUGUCUAUGUGCUACCUUAAAAAGGUCAUUUUUCGAUUUCGAAAAUUUCGCAAAUAUAUAGUACAAUAUUAUGAAAUUUUGGGAGGGAACUGUCGGCAAUAAUGAAAUAUUGUUCCUAAACAUUUUUCUAGCCACUGAAACUCCGUUCAUUGGAACACUUACAAAAUAAUAUUAUUUUAGUAUUAUAUUGUUGUUAUCAUUUAUUCCAUACAUAGGCUCCGGUAAAUAUCAGAUCGUUUAUAUCAGCAGUUAGUUUACUCACAACGGCGCUUGGAAAUCUAUUGGUCGUCAUAAUAUCGGCUAUAUCCAUUAAAAAUCAAGUAAUAAUAACGAUUAAUAAAAUAUCAUUACGUUAUAUAUAUAUAUAUAUUAUCUUAUCGGCAAUUUUUUUUUUCUAAUUCAGGCACACGAAUAUUUUCUCUACUCCGGCCUCAUGUUCGUCGACGCGCUUUUAUUAGCGUAUUUCAGUGUUGUUUAUCGAGGUAAGAUGACCGAAAAACACGACAUUGUGAAGCCGUUGAACAGGAAUAACAAAAAUGAAGAAACUGCGUUUUAGUAAACAAUUAUAUUUUUUUUUUUUCGGUGAUUUAUAAUUUUGAACGAGACACAAUUCAAUGAAUAUAACCGGGAAAUUGAAUUUCUCGAAAUUCGUUUUAUGGAAUGCGCUUUAUGACUGUACUGCACUGUAAACUAUUUAAUAUAAAAACGCCAUAAUAUUUAUGAACGAAUAUUAUUGUUUAUAAGGAGAAUAAAUUAUGUGAUCUUACGUAUCUGUAGUGUUGUUUAUCG